GACGUACUCCCAGCCUUCUAUACCGAAGUUCCCGUUGAGUACAUGGAGAAGAUCGGCAAAACAGACGAGGGUGUCCAAUUACCAAACGGGAACUACGCCGCAUCGUACUCUGUCAUGCACCUCUUGCAUUGCGUGCAACGGCUCCAGCAGUCGUAUUUCCCCGACGUAUACUUCCCCAAUAUGACCGAGCGAGAAGAAUUUCUCCAGCUCGAACACAACCUCCACUGCAUUCACAUGCUCGCCGACUCGGUGAUGUGCAAUGCCGACGUGGUGCCCGUACCAAUAGUCUGGAGAGACAAAACCCCCAUGCCCACGGGCGACUUCAACGUGGCACACGAGUGUGUCGAUUGGGAUUUGCUGCACGAGGGCAUGUUGGAGAAGCGGAUCGAUCCGUGGGAGAAGGGCACAUUUGUGCAUCCGAUCUUUGGGGAGGUGACGAGUCAUGUGGGAGAGAAUCGUAUUGGGUUUGGAGAGCCGGGGAAUAUCUUGAAGAAGGAUAAGGAUGGGAAGUGGAUUGUAUGA